ACUGCCAGCUGUAUAUAUCUCUCGGUUUCCUAUUCCUAGGUCCAAAAAUCAAGGGUAGUUUUGCAAGGACACCGUAACAUGUCUUCCAUAGAGUCUAUCAUCUUGGACCCGACUUUUCACGAUUUCCUUGCCGUACUAAAGGGUGCUAGGAAUGGUUUCGUAUACGGAGUUAAAGUCAGAUUUCCUCAUGCAUUGAUCAUGGCUAUACUCUUUGGACGCGGCGACUGGAGAUCUCGUCUACACGUCAUCUACAAAGCAACCAAACAACAUGCAGUGAACUUAGCCAAGUUCGUAUCAUUAUACAAGAUCUUUCUUUUGAUCCAGAAGAGGAUCAACGGCGGGAAAGAGCGUAGUGCAGACACAUUUAUCGCUGGCUUAUUGGGCGGAUAUUUCGUGUUUGGGGAUAGAACAGCUGUAAACGAACAGAUCGUCCUUUAUGUUGUAUCAAGAGUUGUUGCAUCAUUCAUACCUCGAGCGGAUGCUCCGUACUCAAAAUCACCAUCAUCUGGCGGUGUCACUAGACCCGUUCCACCGGACUCCCGCUAUUUCACGGUAUUCGCCGCUCUAUCUUGGGGGGCCGUCAUGUGGUUAUUCAAACAUCGGGGAGAAACGAUACAACCGGGCAUGUUUAACUCGAUGACAUAUCUUUAUCGCGACUCGGAAGUAUGGAAGGACUUGCGAACCUUAUUCUGGCACAACACGUAGAUGUCGGUUCCUAUAUUAUAAACGAUACUCCUUUCCAUGUUGGCAACAUAACCCAGGACAGUGUAUGGAAAUCGAGAUUAGUGUUUUUUAUUCUAGCGGUUGUUGCACCUUGCAUCAAAUAUUAUGUCACGCUAGGGCUACUCAUAAUAUCCCUUGGAAUAUCGCACACGACGUACUAUCAAUAUAUCGACCGACUAUCAUCGAU